CAGGCCUAAAAAAACAGAGUUCUCAUAUCAAUGGCUAUGUUGAGAUCAGGGAUGCUAAAAGCCGCCGACAAUUACACGAAGUUAGGGUUUGUAAGGUGGGCCCACGUGGCAGCCAUGCCUUCAUUGUUGGAUGGUUCCAUCAACAGUGUGAUUGCACCUCCACAGAUGGUUUUGCCGGAGUUCAAUCCCAAUAGCAAUGAUUUAGGGUUUGGGUUCUCUAGCUUCUUCUCUGGUGGUUCCAUGGAACUAAUGGCCGUUCCUAAAAGGAAGGUUUCUCCUCAUAAGAGAGGCAUAAGAAACGGGCCAAAGGCUUUGAAACCAACUCCGGUGAUAGUUCGUUGCAGGAGUUGCGGUAGAGUUAAGCUGCCACACUUCUACUGUUGUAGUGGAGAAAGGGAGAAGACGGGUGAACCAAAUAAUUAAGUAAACAGAUCAUGCCUGCUGAGAUUUUUAGUGAGCUAGAUAACUCUUUCUUUUUUUCCUGAAAAGAAACCAAAGAAUUUUGAUUAUGUUUGUUUUCUUAUUAAGCAAUUGCCAACAGUAUGACUUAAUUUUCUAUGUAGAACAGCUGCAUUAUUUUUGUUUAGCUGUGGGAGCAACAUCCACCCUUUUCGUGGUGGUUUUGAUGAUUCAAAUUCGUUCAUCAAUAUAAACCUAAAAAAUUAACCAA